AUGGUGUCUCGUAAUUUCAGGGUUGAGAAAUACAGACAACAGACACUAGAUGACCUCAUCUCUCAUCAAGACAUCCUGAGCAUAACCCAGAAGUUUAUCAGUGAAGACAGAUUGCCUCAUCUGCUCUUCUAUGGACCUCCAGGAACAGGGAAGACCUCGACUAUAUUAGCAUGCCCUAAACAACUCUACAAAAAUAAAGAGUUCAACUCCAUGGUUCUGGAGCUGAACACAUCAGAUGACCAUGGUAUAGACGUGGUGAGGGGACCGAUCCUCAGCUUUGCCAGCACACAAACUAUCUUCAAGAAGGGCUUUAAGUUGGUAAUCCUGUAUGAAGUGGACGCUAUGACCCAGGAUGCUCAGAAUGCUCUAUGGAGAGUAAUAGAAAAACCUACCCAAGUUCACAGAGAACACCCGAUCUGUAACUACCUCUCUAAGAUUAUUCCUGCGCUCCAGUCCCGAUGCACGCAGUUUUGUCAAAUGAUUCCCAGACUAGAGCACGUCAUAAAGCAGGAGAGCAUUGACAUCACUCCAGAUGGCAUGAAGGCCAUUGUGACCCUCUCAACGGGAGACAUGAGACGAUCACUAAACAUUUUACAGAGCACCCAUAUGGCCUAUGGGAAGGUGACAGAGCAGACCGUUUACACCUGUACUGGACAUCCUCUUAGAUCAGACAUUGCCAACAUAUUGGACUGGGCUCUCGAUAAAGACUUCACCGCUGCAUAUAACUAAAUUCUGCAACUCAAAACUCUGAAAGGUCUGGCACUUCAUGAGAUUUUAACAGAAGUUCAUCUGCUCAUACAACGCGUGGACUUCCCACCCUCCAAACGCAUGGGCUUGCUUAUAAAACUUGCAGAUAUUGAGUAUCGUCUGGCCUCGGGAACUAAUGAGAAGAUCCAGCUGAGCUCAAUAGAGACAUAG